AUGGACGGAAAACAAGAACAAGAACCGGAACCUGUUGCCAUCAGUGGCAUGGGCUGCCGCUGGCCGGGUGGUGUAAGUGACAGCCCCGGACUCUGGGAGCUCCUACGCAACAAGCAAUCCGGCUACCGCGACUACGGCGACCACCGCUUCUCCGCUGAAGGCUUCUACCACCCCAACACAGACCGUCCCGGCACCGUCUCCACGCGCGGCGGCUUCCUCCUCACCGAAGACGCACGCCUCUUCGAACCAGCCUUCUUCGGCAUGCAACCCCUGGAAGUCGAGACCCUCGACGCCUCGCAGAGGAAGCUCCUCGAAGUGAUCUACGAGGCCUUUGAAAACGCUGGCGAGACAUGGGACCAGUUCUCCGGGUCCCGGACCGGCGUCUUCGUCGGCAACUUCACCACCGAGCACACCGUCAUCCAGAGCCGCGACCCGGACCACCCCCGGCCGUACGUCACCACGGGCAGCAGCCUGAGUCUCCUCAGCAACCGGAUCAGCUACAUCUUCAACCUCAAGGGCCCCAGCCUGACCAUCGACACGGCCUGCUCGUCGUCCAUGUACGCGCUGCACCUCGCCAUCAACGCCAUCCGCAACGGCGACUGCGACUCGGCCAUCGUGGCCGCCUCCAACUGGAUCAUCGACCCUACCAUGCAGAUCAUGAUGAACAAGCUGGGCGCCCUGUCGGCCACGUCGACGUGCCACACCUUCGACGCCUCGGCCGACGGCUACGCGAGGGGCGAGGCCUUCGCGGCGCUAUACAUCAAGAGGACGAGCGCCGCCCUGCAGCAAGGGUCUCCCAUCCGGGCCGUCGUCAGGGGCACGGCCAUCAACGCCAACGGCCGCACCGGCGGCAUCACCCAUCCCAGCAAGGCCGGCCAGGAGGCCGUCAUCCGCGAGGCGUACCGCAACGCCGGCCUGCCGCUCGACGACACGACGUACUUUGAGUGCCACGGCACCGGCACCCCCGUCGGCGACCCGGUCGAGGUGGAAGCCAUCGGCAACGUCUUCGCCGAGACCCGCACCGGUACGCCCGAGGAGGCGCUGUACCUGGGAUCGGUCAAGACGAAUCUGGGCCACACCGAGUCGGCGUCGGCCAUUGCCGGGAUCAUGAAGGUGGUCCUGGCGCUGGAGAACGGGCUGAUUCCUCCGAGCAUUGGCAUUACGGCCCUGAACCCGGGCAUCGACUUUGCGGCGGCGAGGGUCAAGGUGCUGACUGAUGUGACCCCCUGGCCGGCGGGCCGGGUCAAGAGGGCCAGCAUUAACUCUUUUGGGUAUGGAGGCGCGAAUGGGCAUUGCAUUAUCGAUCAUGUGAAUAAUGUGCUGCCGGGGUAUGUGAAGCCGGGGGUGAAUCUGGUGCCUGCGAACGAUGCGAACGGACACGGCAACAAGCAUACCAAUGGGCAUACCAAUGGGCAUCCCAAUGGACACAGCAACGGUCAUGCCAACGGAGAUUCCAACGGCCACAAGACACAUGCAACCUCUCACACCCCCAUCACGCAUCCCCUCGAGCUGCACGCCAGCCCUCGCGCCACCACGCGUGAACUCGUCCUGCUCCCCUUUUCCGCCCACUCCGAGGCCUCUCUUCCCCUCAACCUGUCCGCCCUCUCGAGCGUCCUCACCACCGCCACCACCACCCACUCCCUGGCCGACAUAGCCUACACCCUAGCCGCCAAGCGAACCAAAUUCACCCAGCGCACCUUCCGCAUCGUCUCCAAGAACGACCCCAUCACCGCGCUGACCGACGCCGACGACGUCCAACCCGUCUUCACCAGCCCGGCCACCACCGCCAGCCUUGGCUUCGUCUUCACCGGCCAGGGCGCCCAGUGGCACGCCAUGGGCCGCGACCUGUUCCAGUACGCUGUCUUCAACAACACCAUCAGCCACCUGGACAACGUCAUCUCGUCCAUCGGCCCGGCGCACCGGAGGACACACGCCCUCACACCACAUGCACAGACCUGGACCAUCCGGGACGUCCUCGCGGGCGAAUGCGACGCCACCCUCGUCCACACGCCCGAGGUCUCGCAGACCGUGUGCACGGCCCUGCAAGUCGGCAUCGUCGACCUCCUGGCGUCGUGGGGGAUUCGGCCCAGCGGCGUCGUCGGCCAUUCCUCCGGCGAGAUGGCCGCCGCCUACGCCUCGGGCCGCGCCACGGCCGCCGAAUCCAUCGCCGCCGCCUUCUUCCGCGGCCAGGCCGUGGCCCAGAACAAGCAGCAGGGCGCCAUGCUCGCCGUCGGCAUGGGUUUCGCCGACCUCGAAGCCGCGGGCUACAUGGACGGGCUGGAGGGCAAGGUCGUGACGGCGGCCAUCAACUCCCCCCACAGCAUCACCCUUUCGGGAGACGCCCCCGCCAUCCAGGGCCUGGCCGCCACCCUCACCGAGGCCGGCGUCUUCCACCGCGUGCUCGCCACGGGGGGGAAUGCGUACCACUCGCACCACAUGCUGCCCCUGGGCAACGACUACGGGGAUAUGCUGGGCAACGGGCUUUGCGCUCUGAAGGACCACGGGUUCGGCGGUGACACUGACCACUCUGACGACGGCCUCCACGACACGCCGCACCGAUACGAUGCCAUCCCCUGGGUCUCGUCCGUUACCCCUGACAAGUCCAAUAGGGGGGAGCAGGUGGGACCAUCGUACUGGAGGGCCAACCUCGAGUCUCCCGUCCGCUUCUCCCAGGCCGUCGAGAAGCUCGUGACGUCCAAGAGUGCAGCCGUCGACGUCCUGAUCGAGAUUGGACCCCAUGCGGCUCUGAAGAGUCCGGUCCAGCAGAUCCUCAAGCAGCUGGGCCUGUCGACCCCUUACCUGGCCUCCCUGGCCCGCCAACGCGACGGACAAGCCUCUCUCCUCGCCAUGGCCGGCUCCCUCUUCGGGUUGAACGCCUCGGUCGAUCUCGUCGCCGUCAACUCGGCGGACGUGCAUGUGCAUGGGCGUGUGCCUGCGCCUGCGCCUGCGGCCAAAGGGAACACACGCACCCAUGCCGUCUCCUACGAGCACGGCUGCAUGGCCGUGGACCUGCCGCCCUACAAGUACGCCUACGGACCCGUGGUCUACCACGAAAGCCGCUUCAGCAAGGAAUACCGCGCCCGGAGCGUCAUCCGCCACGACCUCAUCGGCUCCAAGCUGCCCGGCAACGCCAAGCUGCGCCCCCAGUGGCGCAACGUCCUGCGACUCAAGGACCUCGCCUGGCUCGGCGACCACCGCCUCCUCCCGGACGUCGUCUUCCCCGCGGCGGGCUACGUAGCCAUGGCCGUCGAGGCCGCCUCGCGCGCGCACUACGAGUUCGAAGACGCGGCCCCCCUCGUGGCCUCGUCGCUCCGCAAGGUCAACAUCCACUCGGCCCUCCGCGUACCCGAGGACGACUACGGCGUCGAGGUCAUCGUCACCCUGGAGCUCGUCGACACGGCUACGGCGAAAGCCCCGGCCUGGGUCCGCUUCUCCGUCAGCUCUGUGGCCCGGGCAUCCGGCGUCUGGACCGAGCACUGCACGGGUCUGGUCAAAGCCCAGGUCGACGCUGCCGCUGCCGCUGCCGCCGCCGCAAGCCCCGCCACGAUGCAGGCGGACAUGGACGCCCGAACCAUUCACGCCCGCGCCUGGUACGACAAGUUCGCCCAGAUCGGCCUCGGCUACGGACCCGCCUUCCAAGGCCUCUCCGACGUCGAAGCCGACCCGGCCCUCCACCUCGCCCGCGCCAAGCUGGCCCUGAAAACCACCGCCGGGACUAUUAAGGGGGGCGAGUCGUCCUACCCUCUCCACCCCGCCUCGCUCGACGCCCUCUUCCAGCUGGGCCUCAUCGCCUGCCACCGGGGGCAGAUCGAGACGGCCGGCACCGCCUUUGUGCCCAUCCACAUCUCCCAGGUCUACCUGAAGCACGGCAACCAAGAGGACUGGGGCGUCGGCGUCGCGAAAGGAGAACUCCGUGGUCUCAGGGGCGCCUACGCGCAGCUGCAGCUCCUCGACCAGUCGGGGCAGCUGAUGCUGGACGUGGCGUCGCUCCGUUGCAUCAGUUACGGCGACUCCUCGACCGCCCCCGAAGAUGCCCUGGGCGGAUCCCUCCCCUUCUCCGGGCCCUUCACCCGCCUCGAAUGGAAGCCGGACAUCCGCACCCUGACCUGCGAGAAGGCCCAGGCCCUGUUCCCGCCGCCCCAGGAGAACGUCGACCGGGCCGACCUCUUCCGCAGCAUCCACGCCAUCGCCACGCUGAUCGUCAUCGACAUCCACGAGACCUUUGGCGGCGGCGUCAUCGACGUCAGCAAAGCCACCGACCAGGUCCGCUUCUUCCUCGCCUGGGUCAAGAGGCGCGUCGAGCAGGACGACACGGAAGCCAUGACGCAGGCGAGGACCAUGUCGGCCGCGGCGCGCCAGCAGUGGCUCGCGUCCCUGUACAGCGCGACGAGCGACCUGAUCGAGGUCAAGAUCGCGAAGAAGCUGCACCAGGACAUGGCCGACAUCCUGUACGAGCGGCGCACCGGCGUCGAGGUGCUCGUCGAGGCCGGCCUGCUUACCGCGCUGUACGAGAGCGGCCUGGCCAUGACCGGCGCCUACCCGCAGCUCCUCCGCGUGUUCCAGCUCCUCGGCCACGCGAACCCGAACCAGAAGAUCCUCGAGCUGGGCGCCGGCACCGGCGGCGCCACGCGCGUGGUCAUGAAGGCCCUCGUCGACGCCUCGACCGGCGUGAAGCGCUACGACGACUAUACCUUUACGGAUAUUUCGCCCGGCUUCUUGACGGCCGCGAGGGAGUUCAUGGCCCCCUUCCACGACGUCAGGUACGGCGUCUUGAACAUCGAGCAGGAGCCUGCGGCGCAGGGCUACGACGAGAGCACGACGUACGACGUGGUCUUGGCUUCCCAGUGCCUCCACGCCACGCCCAGCAUCGGCAGGACCCUCGCCAACUGUCGCAAGCUCAUGAAGCCCGGGGGCAGGCUGGUGCUGGUCGAGAACACCCAGAACAAGAUCGGCCACGGUCUCGUCCUCGGCACGCUGACGGGUUACUGGGACGGUGUGCCGGACGGACGCAUCGACAGCCCGUUCUUGGACCUCGCGUCCUGGGACAAGGCCCUUAAAGAAGCCGGCUUUUCUGGCGUGGAGCUGGUGCUGUACGACUACCCGCAGCCCCACAGCACCGCCAGCACCAUUGUCUCGACUCUGGUCGCCGAGGGGCCUGAGCCUGCACGUGCAGAGGGAAAGGAGACCCGGACGACUCCUCGACAGGUCCAGAUCCUCCACGGAUCCCAGGGCCCGCCGCCCCCCCUGGCGCACCAGCUCGUCGCGGAGCUGCAAACCCACGGCGUCUCCGCCACGCUCGGCCCACUGGACGAAGCCCUGGAAACCGUCCAGGAGGGCUCCCAGGUCAUGGCCUUCCUCGACGGGGAGAAGGACCUCCUCCUCGACGCCGGAGCCUCGCGCCUGGCCCUGUUCCAGCACCUCGCCCGUUCGGCGUCUAGUAUGAUGUGGCUCACGACGACCGGCAUGGUGCGCGGCCGUAACGCGGACGGCGCCCUCCUCGCCGGCCUCCUGCGCACCAUAGGGACCGAGAACCCGUCGUCGAGCUUCCUCUCCAUCGACAUGGACGCCGAGAACUUUACGGUCGACGAUCCCGCCGAGGCGGCCGACCUAGUCCGCUCCAUCGUCGACAAAGAGCUAAACCAUCUCCUCUUCCGCGACGACAACAACGACGACGCCGCCGAGGACCGCGAGUUCUCGUGGCACAACGGCUGCCUCUGGGUGAGCCGUCUCGUCCCCGACGGCCGGCUCGCCGAGGACCACAACCUCCUCUGCAUGCCCCCCAGCCGUGCCGAGCCGCUCCCGCUCGACAGCCAGGGCCCCGUCCGCGCCGCCUUCGAGACGCCCGGCAUCCUGACCUCAUUGUAUUUCCGCCCCUACACCGAGCUCUGGCAGCCCCUCCCCGGCGACUGGAUCGAGGUCAAGGUGGCCGCCGUGGGCCUGAACUGGAAGGACCUGGGCAUCGCCGCCGGCCGCUUCGACGCCAACAACCUCUCGUCGGAGUACGCCGGCGUCGUCACCCGGCUGGGAUCCGCCGUGGCCGAGGAGGGCCGGCUGUCGGUCGGGGACCGGGUGUACGGCAUGGGACGAGGCCACUUUGGCAACUUCACGCGCGUGCCGGCUCGCUUCGCGCAGCGGAUGCGACCCGACGUCCGGGGCGGCGAGCUGAGCUUCGUCGAGGCCGCCACCAUGCCGCUCGUCUACAUGACGGCCGUCUACGCCUUCGACCACGCCACCCACCUGAAGAGGGGCGAGAAGGUGCUGAUCCAGUCGGCCACGGGCGGGCUCGGCUUGUGCGCCAUCCAACUGGCGACGGCGCGCGGCGCCGACGUGUUCGUCACCGUCGGGACGGCCGAGAAGGCCCGGUUCCUGGCCGAAGAGGUGAAGCUGGUGCCGGCCUCGCGCAUCUUCUCGUCGCGCGACCAGGCCGACUUGACGCGCGCCGUCCGCGAGGCGACGGCCGGCCGCGGAUUCGACGUCAUCCUGAGUGCGGCCAGGGGCGAAGACGAGAUGCUGUACGACUCGUUCAAGGCCCUGGCGCCUCUGGGCCGGCUUAUCGACGUCGGCCGCAUGGACGUGCUGGAUAGUAAGACUCUCGGGCUGGAACUCUUCCAGCGCAGCAUCACCUUCGUCUCCUUCGACCUGGGUCUUGUCCUGGAUGCCGAUCCCGAGCUCGGCGCCGGGCUUAUGCGGUCCGUCGACGAGUACUACCGAGCCGGUCACAUCGGUCCCGUGAAGCCGUAUUCGGUCUCGGACGUGUCGCAGCUGGACCAGGUCCUCCUCGGCUUCUCCAAGGGCACGCACGUCGGGAAGCACGUUAUCAGUUUCCAGAACCCGCAGUCCCCGGUCAGGAUGGUCCCCGCCGCCCCGGCCGCGCGAUUCGAUCGCUAUCUCGACGCGCAGUACAUCAUCACCGGAGGUCUGGGCGGUCUCGGACGAUCCAUCAUCCGAUGGAUGGCGGACCGGGGCGCCCGCCACAUCGUGGUCCUCUCCCGGAGCGGCGUCGGCACCCCGGAGGCGCAGACGCUCGUCGACGACCUGGCCGCCCGCGGCGUGACCGUGCAAGCCAUCCGCUGCGACGUGGCCGUGCGCGAGCAGCUCGACGCCGCACUCCGCCAGGUGGCCGGCCGUCCCGUCAAGGGCAUCAUCCACGCCGCCAUGUCCCUGCAGGACCUCUCGUUCGACAAGCUCUCGGCGGCGCAGUGGCAAAAGAGCCUGGCGGCCAAGGUGGUCGGCACCAAGAACCUGCACGACGCGACGCUCGCGACGAAGCUCGACUUUUUUAUCAUGACCACCUCGCUGGAAUCCGUGCUCGCCCUGGCCACCCAGAGCGCCUACACCGCCGCCAACAACUUCCAGGAGCUCUUCGCCCGCUACCGCCGCACCCGCGGCCUGCCGGCCUCCACCGCCGCCUUUGGCCUAAUCACGGACGUCGGCGCCCUCGGCCGCAACGCCACCACCGUCAACAUGAUGGCGCGCAACAAGGUCUUGGGCGUCACGGAGCACCAGUUCCUCCGCUUGCUGGAGCCGGCCUUUCUCCAAAGCCCGCGUGCGCGCAGGGACAAGGACGACGACAAGGAAGACCUGGACCCCCUGUCCACCGCCGGCAUCGUCACCUGUCUCGACCCGGCGGCCAUGGCGGCCAAGAAGCGCCAGGAGAAGGCCGAGACGGCCCCGCCGAGGUGGUACAGCGACGGCCGCGUCUCGCUCAUCAUGCGGGCCUUCGACGACGCCUACCGCCACGAAGAGGACGGCGCGCAGAGGGGGGAUGCCGGCGCAUCGGGCUCCGCUUCGUCGGCGAUUACCCGGCUCCGGGAGGAGUUCGACGCCUGCAUGGCCGUGGGUCCCGAGGGCCGGGGAGAGGCCCUGGCGCUGGUCACCCGGGCGAUCAGUGCCACGGUGGCCGGCAUGCUGUCGAUCGACGCUUCGGGCGUGAGCCCCGCCAAGACGGUGGCCGACUACGGCGUCGACAGCUUGAUCGCCGCUGAGCUGCGGAACUGGUUUAACACGGCUUUCCGCGCGAACAUUAGUCUCCUCGACUUGCUGGAUACCCAUACCAGUAUGGAGAAGCUCGCUGGCUAUGUGGUGGAGGCGGCGGGGGAGAAGGAGACCAAGUAGUCGUCGUGUCGUGUCGUGCGUGUCUCGUGGGCCUGAAUAAUAUGAGAGUGCAUCGAGGCGUUUAGGGCGUCCUUUGGGUGUUAUGGGAUUCGGGGCGUUCAGGGGGUUCGGGGUCAUAGGGCAAGGCAGUCUUGAGUUUGGAUUCGGACAAGACAUACCAGAGUGCGUACUCUUUCGAAGCGGAUC